AUGGAGGGCGAAAGCGAGAAUCAACAGCAGGCGUAUGCUGAAGGUGGUGCGCCACAGUGUUGUGGUGACCAGGAAGCGCAGUUUCAUCAACAAUACCAAGGCACCGCCGAGUACGCCAACGGCCAACAACAAGGCGAGCAAUACCAGCAGCGGGCGUUCGAGGAAACGCAGCAGCAGCGGGCGGGCGAGGCAACGCAGCAGCAGCCGGCGGGCGAGGCAACGCAGCAGCAGCCGGCGGGCGAGGCAACGCAGCAGCAGCCGGCGGGCGAGGCAACGCAGCAGCAGCCGGCGGGCGAGGCAACGCAGCAGCAGCCGGCGGGCGAGGCAACGCAGCAGCAGCCGGCGGGCGAGGCAACGCAGCAGCAGCCGGCGGGCGAGGCAACGCAGCAGCAGCCGGCGGGCGAGGCAACGCAGCAGCAGCCGGCGGGCGAGGCAACGCAGCAGCAGCGGGCGGGCGAGGCAACGCAGCAGCAGGAAGGCGAGCAAGAGGCGUUCGGAACUCAAUCAUACAUUCGGGAGGGAAUGUACGUGGGUCAGGGCCAGGAUUACUGGCCAGCACAGUACCCAGCAACUGACGCGGCUGGCGGAUUUACGAAACUUCCCUCCACCGGCUCCCAGCCCCGUUGCCAGCGUCUCAAAUCUAUCCUGAAGAAGGGGUCGACCUUACAUCAGGAACACUGUGCUCGCGGCAUCUCCUUCGGACCCGGCCAAGUCUGGGAUGGCGUAGCUGGAGAUCCCCCAGUGACGAAAACCAGAUCUUUAGUGUAUUCGGAUGGCAAGAACGUCUACGUUGACGCCACCGCCCCGAACGGCCCCGUACAAACGGUUGUGCAAUUGAAUCGAGGUGCGUCUGUCGACAAAACCAUCGCGGAUGUGGUUGAGGAGAAACGCCGCCAAAGGAAAAUGACGCAGAUUGAGGCUGUUUGGGACCGCUACCAGCAGCGUGGUAACCUCGCUUCCGAAGACGACGGCUGGGUUGCUAACUUGGGGAUGCCCCGUGUCGCCAUGCGGAAUCUCCCUCCCAGAUAUGACGUCAAAUACCCGGAUGGUGACCCCCGUUCGACUGCAUGCGGCGGCAUGUUCAGCUGCUAA